AUGGCCGGACACGGGCUCUCAAACUGCUUCUUCUCACUGCGGGUCAGUGAUAGAGGCACCUGCAGAGGGCCCACGCCAGUGUGGCUUGACACUCAGGCCUGGUUAAGCACCCAGGGACCCCCUGGCAGGCUGAUGGUUCAGCCAAAGGUCGAUCCAGAUGGCUGCCCUGGCCCUGAGGUGUGGGGGGUACCUCUGGGCCCACCGCCUUACCAGUUCCAGGGUGGGAUGAUACCCUGCGGAACCUGGCUCAAAACCCAAGAGGCGGGACCCUGGCUCCAGAACCCUGCUGUGAGUGUCCUCCCCAGGCCCUGCACUGACCUUCAGUGCACCCCAAAUUUGGCACUGCCAGAGGAUGUCUCAGCCAUAAAGAAAGAGAUCGAGCAGCUUGCCAAAGAGCUGAGACAGAAGAGGCUGGCCCUGGGAUACUCGCAGGCCGACGUGGGGUUCUCCAUGGGGGCUCUCUUCGGAAAGAUGCUCAGCCAGACAACCAUCUGCCGCUUCGAGGCUCAGCAGCUAAGCCUUGCCAACAUGUGGAAGCUACAACCACUGCUGAAGAUGUGGCUGAAGGAAGUGGACACCGAGAACCUUCUGGGCUUAUGCAAAAUGGAGACAAUCAUGCAGCAGUCUCGGAAACAAAGACGUGCAAGCAAGGAGAAGCGAAUUGGAAACAUCCUGGAAAACCUCUUUCUGCAAUGCCCAAAGCCUACACCCCAGCAGAUGAGCAUCAUUGCAGGACGACUCCGGCUGCAGAAGGACCUGGUGCGAGUUUGGUUUUAUAACCGGAGUAGGAUGGGCAGUUGGCCAUUUAGUGCCGCGUUCCCACUGGGGAAUGUGGGGCUGGCUGGGCCUCCUGUCCCAGGGGGACCGGUGUGCUUUCCUCUGGCAACAGGGGUCCACUUUGGUUUCCCCUACCAAGGAGUCCCCUACCUCACACCCUUGUACUCCCCUACCCCUAUCUCUGCAAGGGGACCCCUCCUCUCUGCCCAUGCCAGCGUUCUGGGCUUCCCAGUGCUUUCAAUCUGA